UGGCUUCAGUGCAACCAAAUAAACGAAGCAUCAUGAAGCUCAUGCUCGUGGCCGCCAGUCUGGUGGCUGUCGUGGCUUUCGCUCACGCGGAAGAAGCCAAGGCAGCAGAAAAAGAAGUGGCAGUAACCGAUAACAAGGCGGCAUCUGACGAGAAGAAGCACGAGAAACGUGGACUUUUCAAUCUUGGCUACGGCGGACAUGGAGGCAGCAUCGGUGGAGGAUACGGCGGUAGUUUCGGUGGCAGCUACGGCGGUGGUUACGGAGGUGGUUACGGAGGUGGUUACGGAGGUCACGAAGAGGUGCACAAGACCAUAACUGUGGUCAAAAAUGUACCUGUUCCUUACCCAGUAGAAAAGCACAUCCCUGUCCCAGUUGAAAGGCAAGUUCAUGUACCCGUUAAGGUACCCUAUCCCCAGCCCUACCCCGUUGUAAAGCACGUUCCUUACCCAGUAAAGGAAAUCGUCAAAGUACCAGUACAUAUUCCUCAACCCUACCCUGUUGAGAAAAAGGUUCCUUACCCAGUACAUGUUCCCGUCGACAGACCAGUUCCCGUUAAAGUAUACGUGCCCCAACCUUACCCCGUAGAGAAGGAAGUACAUGUUCCCGUCAAGGUGCACGUACCCGCUCCCUACCCCGUUGAAAAGAAGGUCCCUUACCCCGUAAAGGUCCCAGUUCAUGUACCUGCACCUUACCCAGUCGUCAAGGAGGUCCAUGUACCCGUAAAGGUCCCAGUCGACAGGCCCUACCCUGUACAUAUCCCCAAGCCUGUACCUUACCCAGUAGAGAAACCUGUACCUUACCCAGUAGAAAAGGUUGUACCUUACCCCGUCAAGGUUCACGUCGACCGUCCAGUACCCGUUCACAUUGAGAAGCCAGUGCCUUACCCCGUAAAAGUGCCCGUACCAGCCCCCUACCCCGUUGAGAAGCACAUUCCAUACCCAGUAGAGAAGGCUGUGCCUUUCCCCGUCAAUGUGCCAGUAGACAGGCCCUACCCUGUCCACAUUGAGAAGCACGUGCCAGUCCACGUUGAAAAGCCAGUGCCUUACCCCGUCAAGGUGCCAGUCCCAGUUUUCGUCAACCACGGUCACGAGUAUGGACAUCAUGGUAGCUACUAAUGGCUGCAGGAAGCAGACGCUGCAUUGUGAUAUAUAAAUCUAAGAUUAGCACAAAACAGCUGCCGAGGGCCUUGGGUAGUAUUAUCAAACUGAAUAAUGGUGACAACCAGAUCUCUGGAUAUUUCAACCCAAGACCCACGACUGCUUUGCAUUAAUGUAACUCUCUUAUAAUUUUUAUUUGUUAUUAUUUUUUUUAUUUUGUGAACCUGAUCGGUAAAUGUUGCGUUUUUUUUUAAUUUUGAGUAC